AGCCGCGCGCACUCAACCGCGACAGCGCCUCGCCUGCCCUCUGCCUACCGCGAGGCGCGACUCAUACCUCGCUCGUCUCACCUCACCGCCAAAUUCCACACCAAACCGAACGAUCAAAAGGCGAGGCGAACACCACCACCACCACCACCACCUCACCACGACACCACUCCCCAUGUCUAAUCCACUCCGCUAAUCACCACCACCCCCCGCACCAAAUAAGUACACCCAACCCCAACUACGCCACAAAAGAAAAGCUUACCUCUCUCUCUCUCUCUCUCUCUCUCUCUCUUCUCCUUUCCCUCUCCUCCUCUUCCCACCACCACCACCGCCGCCGCCGCCUGAUUGGUGGUAAUCGGAGGUGGAGGUGGGCGUGAUGAUCUCUACAGGCAGCGGCUCGUCGUCGGCGGCGUCGUCUUCUGCGUCGUCGUCGGGGGUGAGGGUGGCGGGCAUGGCGAAGGUGCGGGGGAAGGCGGGUGCGGGUGCGGGCGCCGCGGCGGCGGCGGCGACGAGGACCAAGUGGAGGAGCGGCGCGCAGGAGAGGAUCUACGGGCGGCGCCUGCUCGACGCGCUGCGGGCCACGCGGGACGGGGCUGCAGGCGGGGGCGGGGGCGCGCCGCCGCAGCCGCGGGCGGUGAAGGCCGCGGCGGACUCGGCGCUGGCGCUCACCGCGCGGGGGCAGUCGAGGUGGAGCCGCGCCAUCCUGCUGGCCGGCGCGGCGUCGUCCAGGCGCCGCGUGCUCGUCAAGGCCGGCGGGAAGAUCCGCCGCGGCGGCGGUGGCAACAGCUGCCGCCGCCCGCAGGCGCGCGCCGCGGCGGCGGCGGCGGCUAAGGCGGCCGCGGCCGCCUCCUCCGCCGGCGAGCCCCCGAUGCUGAAGGAGAGGAAGGUGAAGGAGCGCCUCCGCGUGCUGGGCCGCCUCGUCCCCGGAUGCCGGAAGCUCCCCGCGCCGGCGCUGCUCGAGGAGACGGCCGACUACGUGGCCGCGCUGGAGAUGCAGGUCAAGGCCAUGCGCGCCCUCGCCGACGCGCUCGCCGCCGCGCAGCUCUCCUCGUCAACUCCGCAGCAGGCGGAGGCCGCCGCCGACGAGACCGAGAUGGAGAGGUGAGGGUUUCGUGGUCAAUCGUGAGUUCAUCACACGAUCGAUGAUGCUGGAUUCGAUUCGAUGGCUCGGAAAUUGGAACGGCUCGGGGAAAAAAUAAGGGCGAUUAAUUAGUGGAUUAUUAUUGCGAGAGGGUUUGGGAUUUGAGGAGGGUAAUUGCGAUGAUUGAUGCUGCUGAUAAUGCUGCUGCUGCUGCUGCUGCUGAUGAUGAUGAUGAUGACGAUGAUGAUUUGUAAAUUCUUGAUACUUGUAUAAGUAAUGCUGCUCUGCUCCUCUCUUGUUUUUUUCUCCUUGAUUCUUGAAAUGUUUUUCUCCUCCUGAUUUCCAAAUCAUGUUGGGGAUUCCUGAUUUCCUGUUUCAUCUUGAUUAGUAGUAUUAUGCUGUGAUUGGGGAUUAGUGUGUUUUGCCCUGUGUUAAUCAGGGAUUAUA